AUGUUACAAAUAAUAAAAAAGUUGUACUUGAGUGUUGUAGCAAUUCAAACUCGAUAUGAUGUUCCUUUGAAUCUAAAAUAUAGUGGUGGGAAGUCUUUUAUGCUAAUAUGUAUAGUUAAAGCAAAAAUGAAAUGUGAAACUAUGACUUUACAUAAAGCUGAAAAGAAUCCAACUGUCAUUCAUAAUACGAGGUACAACAGCUACUGUAUAAACCUUAGUAUUCUCAUCUACAGUAUAUUAAAAUUUUGCCACACCAUGUUAUGGAAUAAGGCAGACUUGCGUCACUUACGGGCUGUUUCCACAGAAGAUGCGAAGGCAUUUGCCGAAAGAGAAAACACAUAUUUCAUGGAAACCUCUGCUCUGGAAUCUAUGAAUGUGGAAAACGCCUUCACAGAAGUUCUUAGUCAGAUAUAUCACGUUGUCAGCAGGAAAGCUCUUGAGGUCGGUGAUGAUCCAGCGGCUUUGCCUAAGGGACAGACCAUUAAUAUUGGCUCUAAGGAUGAUGUUUCUGAGAUGAAGAAAGUUGGAUGUUGCUCUGUUUAA